ACGUGACGUCAUCGUUUGUGGCGCUGGCAGAAUACUAAUGAGCUUCAAACAUUCAUGAGUCGAGCUGGCAACAGUUGUCCACAUGUUGAUGAGCAGCAAAUACGAAUUUGGACCAUCAUUACAGCACAUCAGUGAAACAUGAAAAAAGAGAUUGCAGCAUUGGUGUUGUUCCUGAAAAGACUGAUCAAAAAGGUGGAAAAGUUGGACACCCAGAAAGUGGACAUGUUUGUGGAGCAGUUGACUGUUGCCCUGCAGGAGAAGUUCAGGGGGCAUUGGUACCCUGACAACCCCAGCAAAGGACAGGCCUUCAGGUGUAUUCGGCUGAACAGGUUGCAGAAGGAGGAUCCAGAGUUGCUGCGUGCCUGCCAGGAGAGUGGAGUUCAGUACAAGGACCUUGGCCUGCCCAGAGAACUCACUCUGUGGGUAGACCCUGGUGAGGUGUGCUGCAGGUAUGGAGAGAAAAACCAUGCUUUCACGGUGGCCAGUUUCUUUGGUGAUGAGACUGUGACUAAGAAGGUCACCAGUGCCGUGGAGAGGGUGACGUCUGACUACCACUCCGGUUCAUCUUCAGAGGAGGAUAGUGGCCUCAGGGAAACCCGUCCAUCCACUACCUGCCCCCAAAAUUACCACACAUACCAGGUAAUCUACCCAGCUGCUCCUCUGUGGUGUCAAGUGCCCAAGCGAAAGAAGAUGGGGCCUGGUAAAGGAUAUAACGUCCCUCCACGUCCUUCUCACUAUGGCUUCAGACCUCAAGGCAGACCCACCCAGCCCUUCAGACACAAAGGCUUGGCUCUGCCUGGCCAGAGAGGGGGGCUCGGAUACUGGGGUGGCACUCCAGGCCUGGCUUACUGUUAGGGACCACUGUAGCAAGUGUUGACGUUAGUAUUAGCCUGUUCCAGGUUCCCUGAGCAAGCAAUAGUUCAUGGGUGACAGGUAGCCUUGCGGUUAAGAGUGUUGGGUCAGUAACUGAAAGGUUGCUGGUUUGAAUCUCUGAGCUGACUAGGUACAACAUCUGUUGAUGUGCCAUUGAGCAAGGCACUUAACCCUUAGUGCUCCUGUAAGUCGCUCUGGAGAAGUGUCUGCUAAGUGACUGAAAUGUUAGAGGGAAGGAAGUGGCAAACAAAGUCCACCAAGAUGUUUGACCACAUUUUUUUAAUGUAUUUUUGUAGUGAGAUAGUCACUGGAAUUUGUUAUUUUUAUGGUAAGAACAUUAACUCUUUACACUUGAGAGAAUUUGUAUUCGUGUGAGUAAAAUAAUUAGUUGUAAUGGAUAAGGAAUAUAGGAAUUUGAUGUGUAUUUUAUAGCUAUGAAGAUAUAUGUACUGUAUUUAUUUUUGAUUGGUUAAUUGUAUGUUACCUCCUACUGUGCUGUCCAUCAGUUAUGUUCCAAUGAGAAAUUGUUUUAUUUAUUCAGUGUAUUAGUAUUAUGAAUUGCGCUUACCACUUAAAUUCUAAGACAUUAAACACAUUUUCUAAUCCUA